UGCGAGAAUCGCCGCCGCGCGCGCUGCGGGCGUAAGCGGCGGGACUUUACCCCCGCCGAGCUCAGCGCUCCCGUCCCACUGCCAUGGCCGCCCCGGGGCCGGCGCGGCUCUUCCGGGCCGCCGCCGCUUCCUCCCGCCGCUGGCUCUUCUCCACCUCGCCGGCAGCCGGGCCGAGGCCGGGCUGCAGCAGCGCUGCCGCUGCCGGGAGGGCAGCGCGGCCGUUCAGCCUGUCUGCCCGGGCGGUGCUCAGCUCAGAAGAGAAAAUAACUGUUCAUUUCAUAAACCGUGAUGGUGACAAACUAACAGCCAAGGGAAAACCUGGGGAUUCACUGCUGGAUGUUGUUGUUGACAAUAAUCUAGACAUAGAUGGUUUCGGUGCAUGUGAAGGAACACUAGCCUGUUCAACUUGUCAUUUAAUAUUUGAAGACCACAUAUUUGAGCAACUAGAUGCAAUUACUGAUGAAGAGAUGGACAUGCUGGACCUGGCUUAUGGCCUCACAGAAACAUCACGUUUAGGCUGCCAAAUCUGCUUGAAGAAAUCAAUGAAUGAUAUGACUGUUCGAGUACCAGAAGCUGUGGCUGAUGCUAGACAAUCAGUAGAUAUGAGUAAAAACUCCUAAAAGAAAAUAUCCUAGGGGUUUUAAAGAAGCUUAAUUAUUUUUAUAACUUAUUUUUAAAUGUGUAAUUAAAUAUGGAAACUUACAUGAUUGUGAGUUAUUUUAUAUGACUAUCAAUAUUAGAUUAAUGGUAUUUUAAUUUUCUUUAUAGAACUGCUUAUAUUUUUACGCUUAAAAUGCAAUAAUACUUCUUAUAAGUAAUCAUUGGAUUAUAAACAUUAGCAAGUGUAUUACAGAUUUAAUAUAACAUUAUUCUGCCAAAACAGUUAAUGACAUUUAAAAACUGGAUCACUUGUACAGAACUUCUCUUAAAACGAACUCUGAGCAUUUCUAGGUAUCAGACCUGAAUGUGUAAGAGAGAAGAACUUAUAGGACUGCAUGGAGUCUUUUUGAAGUGUUGCCAUUAAAGAUGGUAUGAUCAGAGCUAGUUAAAAUUAUCAGUAAAUAUGAUACUUCCUCAGCAAAUAGUAAAUUUUCAGGAUAGGAAUUUUCCAGACUUUGGAAUCUUAAUGAGAUGUGGCAAAUGUUGUUUUGUGAAAAUACUGCUAAACCCAUGAGUUUUAGGGGCUGUGUUAUGGUUUAACCCAGCAGGCAGCUAAAUGCCACACAGCCAUUCACUUGCACCCCACCACUGCCCAUCCCCCUUCCAAGUGGGAUGGGGGGAAAGACUUGGAGGGAAAAGAGUAACAUUGGUAUGUUGAGAUGAAGACAGUUUAAUAGGACAGAAACAGAAAGAAAAACAACAGUAAUGAUGACAAAAUAUAUAAAAUUAGGGAGGCACAAUAUGAUUGCCCACCACCUGAUGACUGAUGCCCAGCCAGUUUCUGGGCAGUGACCCUUGGCCAGCUUCUGCACCAGUUGAUAUUUUGAGCAUGACACCAUAUAAUCUGGGACCUCCCAUUGGUCGUUGGGGUCAGCAGUCCUGGCUUUGUGCACCCCCACGAAGUGAGGUGAGAAUCUGAAAAGGCCUUGAUGGAGUUGUUGCUAAGCCAUGUUUCCAUUAAAACACAACUGUGUUAUCAACAUUAUUCAGAUUCUGAAUCCGAAGCACCACUGUACCAGCUACUGGGAAGAAAAUCAGUUCUCUCCCAGGUGAAACCAGGACAAGCUGUUGCAGGAUGUUGGCACCUGCAGCUUAACCCUGACCCAAAUAAGAUGUCAAUAAACCUCAAUAAUAUUUACAUUUGACUACACCACAAAUAACUGCAGUAGACCAGGCUUAGAAGAAUGAAUCCUUGGAGCUAUGUAAUAGGAGAACAUACCUAGUGGAAUUACAAUUUACCCAUCACAAGCUCUUAUUGUUCUCUGAAUGUGGCUGAGUUGGGAUUGAACAGGGCAAUGUUUGCCAACAUCAGAUUUGUUCUGAAAUCUUUAUUCCUUUUUAGUUUUGAGCUUGUGCAGGAGGCAGUCUGACGUUAGCUAGGGUGUUCAGCUUGAAGAAAUUGCUUGAUUCUGGGCCUUGCUUGCAGGAUCUUUUCGGUAAUGGGUGAUGCAAAAUGACCAAGUUUGUUUCAUAAAAAUGGCCAAGGUUCCCCAGAUGAAGGGCUUCCAGUUGAAUAUUGUUUUAGACUUUCUAAAGUAGCCCAAGUAAAAUAAUGUUUCUAAGACUACUAUUAUCUCUAACUUUACAUAAAUACUUACGUGAACCGGUUGUCAGCAGUAGUUAUUAACUUCUGAUUUUUUUGGCAUUUUUAUUUAUAUAUAUAUAUAUAUAAACAAACCAUGUUUGUUUACAUUUGGAUGAUCUAGUGCAUUCAUUAAUGGUUUGAACUGGUAACAAUGCCAUCUGGACAUUUUUUCUUGUGUUAUUAUAUGUAUGGAGGAGAGAAAAAUUAUUUUUCUGGUGUCAAAUAUUGGGAUUAUUUUGAGCUUUGUAAAGAGGAAAAAGUUCCUCUUUGUUAUAAGAAUGAAUAUUUUCUAGAACUGUAUUGAAAAUAGAUGUGGGUUAGAUUCUUUUAUUUUCUCUCUUAGUUACCUCAUUUCCUUUUGUUACCUUUCACCUUUGUCUUAAUGCAAGGUAUACUAAUUAUGGUCUGCUCAAAACUUAAUCAUGUAGGAGUUUCACAAUACACUUCUAAUGUAAUCUGAUUCAAACUAAGACUUCAGAAUUAAAAUUUCCAGGCUUUUAUGAAGGGUCUGGAAGAGAGAGGAAGGUUAGGGAGAAGGGUGGGCAUAAGUUGAAGACAUGUUCUGAAGAUGCUGCUGUCUUCCUCUUCUGCUGCUGUGAUGCUAACCAUGACUGAGAGGUUGCCCUCACAUAGUCAGACAUUAAAGUAAAUCUCACCUUGUAUUGCCUUUGUCCUGAGCUCAUUUAUAUACAGUUAUUAUUAUUAAAUCUUGAGGUUUUGGGGGUUUUUUUCACAUGAGACAGCCUCAUCAGUUUCCAAGAGAGGGAACUUGGGUCAUAACCAGAUGUGUUGUGCAUUUGUAUAUCAGAAAGAAAUAUGAGGUUUCAAUAUACCGGUGAGGUUUAGGGAUAGAUGUUGAUAUGUAUUGAGUUUUGGGCUCUUCUUGGUUUUUUGGCUUGGUUUCAUGGGGACUUUUUCAUACAGCACCAGGUACUUCUUGUGGGAAUCUUGAAGUGCUUAACACUGUGUUAAACAAAUGUGGAACAGCUCCCAAGUGAGUUUUCUUUCUAAGCCAAGGUGGUUUUGUUGUGUGUUUUGUGUGACAGCUUCUCAUUACAAAGACUUUGACUCUCCUACAGUGUGCCUGUGGAAUGAAUCACUCAUCACAGCAAGGCAAAAAAGGACACUUCGAAGUUCAUUUUGAAUUCUAGAGGUAUCCCAUACUGCAUGCAAAUGGAAAUCUCAGAACACAAAGGAACUGACUUGUAGUCCCCAAAAUGCACAGCUCAGAGAUACUAGUUUAUUGUCAAAAUUAUUUGCAAAUAAAUCUUAUUUUUAACCUCUUUCUGA